AUGUUUCGUCGACCGGAGGAUGUCGAAUGUCGGAGGACGCGGCUGACGGACACCAGGCCGCUGCGUCAUCUUCUCGUGACGGGGGGUCUGGGGUUUAUUGGGAGCAAUUUCAUCAACCACUUGAUGCGAACGCAUUCUGGGGUGCAUGUGUACAACCUUGACAAGGUGGACUACUGCAGCAGCUUUAGGUCGAUUGAAAACCCCAGUGACCCCCACUACCACUUUGUCAAGGGGAAUAUUACCAACGCGGAUCUUGUGAUGUAUGUACUACGUCAUCAUGACAUUGAUACCAUCAUUAACUUUGCGGCGCAGAGCCACGUGGACAAUAGUUUUGGUAAUAGUCUUUCCUUCACGUAUAAUAACGUCCUUGGGACGCAUGUGCUUCUUGAGUGCGCCCGGACGUAUGGUAGGAUAGAAAAGUUUAUUCAUGUUAGCACAGACGAGGUGUAUGGACAGGUAACGGACUCCAAGAAGGAGGAGGGGACAUUAAAUCCAACCAAUCCAUAUGCGGCAACAAAGGCGGCAGUAGAGUACAUUGUGAAGUCGUACCAUAUAUCGUUUGGACUGCCUUGCAUCAUUACCCGUGGAAAUAAUGUGUAUGGACCAUACCAGUAUCCAGAAAAGCUCAUACCUCGGUUUAUUAUGCUUAUGAAUGCUGGAAAGAAACUGACUAUUCAGGGCAAUGGUAGCAAUAAGCGCACAUUUAUACAUGCAAGUGAUGUGGCGCGGGCAUUUGUUGCAAUUAUUAACCAUGGGUUUAUUGGUGAUGUGUACAAUAUUGGAUCUUGUGACGAGAAGAGUGUGCUGGAUAUUGCCCGUAUGACCGUUAAAUAUGUGCGAGCGCACAAGUGUGGAGAGAGGCAGCCACUGGCGGACCCCAGCGAAGAGGAGGUCUCAAGGCAUCUUGUAUUUGUGAAGGACCGUGAAUUUAACGACGAGCGUUAUGACAUUAGCGUAGAGAAGCUGCAGGAGUUGGGAUGGAGACAGGAGGUGAGGUUCGAGGAGGGAUAUGAAGAGACGGUGGCGUGGUAUCUGAAGGCAUUUUCGCAGGACUUUUGGGAAAACCUGCGGUGGGAUAUUCCCGACGCCCACGCACCAUGUAUUGGUGAGCUGGAGCUCUUGCCGUCACGUCUGUGA